CCGGAAGCGAAAGUGCAGCUUCGGUGCGGAAGCUAACCGCUAAAUGGAGCCGUGUUUUGUCCGCAGCCAUGUAUAAGGAAUUAGCUCGAUAUUGACUACAAAAGCAGCUCGUUUGUUCACUCGCUACUCGGCAAAUUUGCUUCCUUAUGAGUGGCGUGCAUUAUUUCUGUUUUUGCGCGAGCGAUUACAGCCUGUUUGUUACGUCACCUAGAGGCAUGCAUUGCCUCUGAUUCUCUUUCGUCUUAUUUAUAGGACUUCGGGGCAUAAGGUUUGGGACCUGUUUAGAAUUGAAACCAUCAGUUUGCGGGACACAUUUUAGCCAUGACGACAGAUCUGUUGGCAGACCUGGAUACGCGAUUCUUCGCCGACAACCUGCUAACCAGCGACGACUGGGAUGCCUGCCUGUAUCAGUGCGAGAGCAUGGACGAGAGUGAGGACACCGCGUCACACCCAGCAUCAGAACAUAACUCACCGUUUGACCUGGUUCUCACCCUUGACCCGGAUAACCCCACGUCGCCAUGGCAACAUCUGGACGACCAUCUACUUACAGUCAAAGAGGAAGUGAUCCACACAGAUGCGCCAACUAUAGCCCCGCCCCUUCCGAUGGAUGCACUGUUCCAGGUCAAAGCCGAGCCGGCCUCGCCAGCUUCCUCGUUGGAUUCCGACUGUUCAGUGCUGUCAGAUACUCAGGUGUCGGUGAAAAGCGAGGAUCCGCCGACACCGCCCUACAUGUACGGUGACGUUCUGGCCCCCCCGCUGGGUUCCAUGGAGGUCACCGUGGCGACUUCUCCACCGAUGCCUGCAGCUGGGCUUGUGACGAACAGCUUCGUCUCCGUCAUGAGCAGCAAGCCUCCGGCCAUCCAGCCCCGGCCGGCGUGUGUGGUCCCUCAGACCCCUCAGCCCACCAAGACCCUCAUCCUGCAGAGUGUCACUGCCCUUGACCAGAGCCGCCCAGUCGUCCUGUCUCCGCCCAUAUGUCUGGCGUCAGCUCCGCCUCUCGUCAAGCUGGAGCCUGUCAAUCACAGCAUCCCUACGGCACCAGCCCCUAGCAAGUCCAUCGUCCCGGCCACCAGCGCUGCCUCUCCUCCAUCGUCCAGUAAUGGCCUCGAUAUGAAGGUUCUGAAGAGGCAGCAGCGGAUGAUAAAGAACCGUGAGUCUGCAUGUCAGUCCAGGAAGAAAAAGAAGGAAUAUCUGCAGAACCUGGAGAGCCAGCUGAGAGAGGCGCAGCAGGAGAUCCAGCGCUUACGCCAGGAGAACCAGGCUUUAAGGCAAAGCCUGGCUGGAAAAGAGAGUGGCGAGUCCAACAGGAAAACGCUCUGCGUACUAGUUCUGUUGCUGGUGAUGACGUUCAGCUUCGGACCGGUCAGCAUCACAGACAAGAAGUUGCCAACCAGCCUCCAGGAAGGCUCAGUGUCAUACACAGGGCGCCACCUGCUGGAGAUCGGGCGGCUGCCAGGACAGGAGGAGCAGCAGCAGCAGGUGACGCCGAUAACAGCAAACAGAGCAGAAGAGAAGAUGGAGGCAGAGGAGGAAGGAGAGGCGGACGGAUUCACCGCCGACACCUACCAGUUCAGGAAUCUGAGCGACGUGUUUGGCGACAUGAAGGAGCUGGUGCUGCAGGAUAUCGACCGCUACUUCUCCUCGCCGGACUGCAGGCAGUUCAAUCGCUCCGAGUCACUGAGGCUGGCUGACGAGCUGAGGGGAUGGGUUCAGCGGCACCAGAUCGGCCGUAAGAAGUCCGGGGGUAAACUCAAGUCCCCCAAGAAGGCGAAGACCACCCAGAAACUCCCUCCGAGGAAGAGCAACUUCUCCAGAUACCUGCCCUCUCAUGCCCACCGGUCGAUCGAAAGCCACCUUCAGGUGGUGUCCUCACCCGAGGUCACGUACAGCGAGUUCCUGGACGCCAUCGAUCGCCGCGAGGACACAUUCUACGUGGUCUCAUUCAGAAGGGACCACCUGCUGUUGCCCGCCAUCAGCCACAACAAGACCAGUCGACCCAAGAUGUCCCUGGUCAUGCCCGCCAUGGCCGUGAACGAGAGUCUCUACGAAUCCACCCAGGGCUACGAGAUGAUGAUGCAGGUGGACUGCGAGGUGAUGGACACGCGCAUCGUCCCCAUCAAGUCAUCGGCCGUCCCACCCUCUCUGCGCGACGCACCGCCAUCCCCGCCCUCGCCUCACCAUCACCAUAGCAACCACAGCGCCCUCCGAGGACGACACCCGUCCCCAGCAUCUCGACGGAUGGCGGACUACCUCAUCAGCCAAUCAGAGGGCGCCUAACUGACUGUGAAGAGCAAAAAAAUUAAUAUAUGAAAAUAUUAGUUUAAUAGUCGAGUCGCACUUAGAAAUCCAGCUGCGUCUCCAGCAGGUUUCACCGCAUCAUUUCUUAUUUAAUAGUUGUAAAUAUUUGAUAUUUUUUACUUUUCUUUAAAUGUAAAAAAUGUGUUGGAUUAAAAAAAAAAAAAAAAAGCUGAGAUGGUGCUUUUAGCAUGCCAACGCCUUGGAGGGACUGUGCACAUAAUUCUUGAGGAUUUUAUGAAGUUUUUGUCACCAGGACUUUUUUUCUACGAGGGAAUUAAAAGAUGGCAAUUUGACAGUGUAAAAAUGAGCCAAUAAAAGACGACAGACAAGA